AUGAUUCGACCUGCUAUAGCCUCAUUAUCCCUGGGUGCCCCUGCUGUGCACGACAUCUCGAUAAGACUGCGCACAGCAGCACGAAAUGGGUUCCAUGGGGUCGAAAUUAUAGACACCGACAUCGACACGACCGCAGAGAAGCUCACAGGAGGGUUGAUUUAUGAGAACAGGCUGCAGGCCGCAAGGAACAUCCGAAAGCAGUGCGAUGAGCUUGAGCUGAGCGUCGUAGUCUUUCAACCAUUCCGACAGUACGAUGGUUUACUCGAUCGCAACCAGCAUGCGGCUAUGAUAGAGAAGCUCCGACUAUGGUUGGAUACCGUCAAGAUCUUGGGGAGCUAUAUCAUUCAAGUGCCGACAAAUUGGUUGCAGGAAGGAUCAACGGGCGACGAAGAAGUCCUCGUGGCCGAUCUCAGAGAAAUGGCCGACAUGGGUCUUGCACAGCACCCCGUAGUCCGGUUUGCUUAUGAAGGAGUAGCUUGGGGCAAAUAUAUCGACACAUGGGAAGGCACAUGGGAGAUGGCAAAGAAAGUUGACAGACCUAAUUUCGGGCUUUGCUUGGACACUUUCCACAUAGCUGGUCGAGUAUGGGGAGAUCCCACCGCACAAACGGGGCGCGUUGGUGACGCGGACCGGGCUUUGGAGGCGUCUGUCCAGCGUUUGAUCAAAGAGGUAGAUGUUGAAAAGGUGUUUUACGUCCAGGCGGGAGACGCAGAGAAGCUGGAUCCGCCACUGAGCCCGUCUCAUCCCUUUCAUUCUGUCGACCAGCCUGCAAAAAUGAGCUGGUCGCGAAAUGCGCGACUGUUUCCGUACGAGGAAGACAGAGGCGGCUAUCUCCCCAUCGAGCCAGUGAUGAAAGCCAUUGUUGACGGGCUGUGUUAUGAUGGAUGGGUUAGCAUGGAGCUGUUCUCGUGGGAGCUGUCGCAACCCGACCCUGAGUUGCCGUCACGGUAUGGUGCUCGGGCUUCAGCAUCAUGGAAGAAGAUGGCUGCAGCGUUGAAGCAGUGA